GGCUCACGCACGUCGGUCUGUCGGCUUACGUUAGCUGCAAUCAACUGUAAUUUUGUAGACUUUUUAGGUAGUUAUAAUAGACUGCACACGUGACGGGUGCAAGAAAACAGCCGGUCACUUUGAACUCAUUCGGUUCCUAAAAACACAAGUUUUCGUGGAUAUAGAGACAUUUAGCGAUUGAUAUGGCUCCAGCUGCUAUAGCAGUGAAACCUAAGCCUGAUGAAGAGCCUAUCGGCAUCAGAGCCGUGCUUCUAGGUCCUCCAGGGUCCGGCAAAGGUACUCAGGCUCCACGUCUCAAAGAGAAAUAUAAUGUAUGCCAUCUCUCAACGGGUGAUAUGCUGCGUGCUGAAGUAGUAUCUGGGUCAGAGUUGGGCCGCAGCCUGAAGAAGACCUUAGAUGCUGGCAAGCUGGUUUCUGAUGAUAUGGUUGUAGGCCUCAUUGAUAAGAAUUUGGACGAGCCUCAGUGUAAGAACGGUUUCCUUCUGGAUGGAUUCCCUAGGACUGUGGGUCAGGCCCAGAAGUUGGACGAUUUGCUAGCCAAGAAAAAAACACAGUUAGAUGCAGUGGUUGAAUUUGCGAUUGCGGAAAGUUUAUUGAUCCGAAGAAUCACCGGGCGAUUGAUUCACCCAUCCAGUGGUCGCAGUUACCAUGAAGAAUUUCACCCACCGAAGAAAACUAUGACUGAUGAUGAGACUGGAGAAGCCUUGAUUCGAAGGUCUGAUGACAAUGUCGAUGCUUUAAAAACGCGCCUUGCCACAUACCAUGCACAGACGGCCCCUUUGGUUGAUUACUACAUGAGGAGAGGUCUUCACUAUCGAGUAGACGCUGCCAAAUCUUCAGAUUACGUAUUCAACAAGAUCGAUGAAAUCUUUAAGAGUCGGAUUUUCAGUCGGUCUAAAGCAGGACUGUAAUAUAUGUUUAUAUGUAAUAUAUAUCAAUCCUAAACUAUAGGCAAAAAUGUUGUACAAAUCUUAUGGUUUUUGAAAUCGAAUUCUUGUGAUGUUUCAAUGACUGUUGUUUGUUUUUGUAAGAGCUCUCUGUGCUCCUCUUUAGAGUAUAUUUUUCUUGGAUAAAUACAGUGGAUG